GUUGCUCUAGUUGGUGUAGUAGCUGUAGUUGGUGUAGUUGCUGUAGUUGCUGUAGUUGGUGUAGUUGGUGUAGUAGCUGUAGUUGGUGUAGUUGCUGUAGUUGGUGUAGUUACUGUAGUUGCCGUAGUAGCUGUAGUUGGUGUAGUUGCUGUAGUAGCUGUAGUAGCUGUAGUUGGUGUAGUUGGUGUAGUUGCUGUAGUUGGUGUAGUUGGUGUAGUUGCUGUAGUUGGUGUAGUUGGUGUAGUUGCUGUAGUUGGUGUAGUUGCUGUAGUUGGUGUAGUUGGUGUAGUAGCUGUAGUUGGUGUAGUUGCCGUAGUUGGUGUAGUUGGUGUAGUUGGUGUAGUAGCUGUAGUUGGUGUAGUUGGUGUAGUUGCUGUAGUUGGUGUAGUUGCUGUAGUUGCUGUAGUUGCUGUAGUUGCUGUAGUUGCUGUAGUUGGUGUAGUAGCUGUAGUUGGUGUAGUAGCUGUAGUUGGUGUAGUUGUUGUAGUUGGUGUAGUUGGUGUAGUUGCUGUAGUUGGUGUAGUUGGUGUAGUUGGUGUAGUUGCUGUAGUUGCUGUAGUUGGUGUAGUUGCUGUAGUUGGUGUAGUAGCUGUAGUUGGUGUAGUUGGUGUAGUUGGUGUAGUUGGUGUAGUUGGUGUAGUUGCUGUAGUUGGUGUAGUAGCUGUAGUUGGUGUAGUUGCUGUAGUUGGUGUAGUUGGUGUAGUUUGGUGAAGUUGGCGUAGUUUGAUGUAGUUUUGUGUAGUUGAUGUAGUUUGGUGAAGUGUGGUUUAGUAAGUGUAGUUUGGUGUAGUUUUGUGUAGUUGGUGUAGUUUUGUGUAGUUGGUGCACUUCGGUGUAGUUGGUGUAGUAGCUGUAGUUUGUGUAGUUGCUGUAGUUGCUGUAGUUGCUGUAGUUGCCGUAGUUGGUGUAGUUGGUGUAGUUGGUGUAGUUGGUGAAGUAGCUGUAGUUGGUGUAGUUGGUGUAGUUGCUGUAGUUGGUGUAGUUGCUCUAGUUGCUGUAGUUGGUGUAGUUGUUGUAGUUGGUGUAGUAGCUCUAGUUGGUGUAGUUGCUGUAGUUGGUGUAGUUGGUGUAGUUGGUGUAGUAGCUGUAGUUGGUGUAGUUGGUGUAGUUGCUGUAGUUGGUGUAGUUGCAUGUAGUUGGUGUAGUAGCUGUAGUUGGUGUAGUUGGUGUAGUUGGUGUAGUUGCCGUAGUUGGUGUAGUUGGUGUAGUUGGUGUAGUUGGUGUAGUAGCUGAAGUUGGUGUAGCUGGUGUAGUUCCUGUAGUUGCUGUAGUUGCUGUAGUUGCUGUAGUUGGUGUAGUUGCUGUAGUUGGUGUAGUAGCUGUAGUUGGUGUAGUUGCCGUAGUUGCUGUAGUUGGAGUAGUUGGUGUAGUAGCUGUAGUUGGUGUAGUUGGUGUAGUUGCUGUAGUUGGUGUAGUUGGUGUAGUAGCUGUAGUUGGUGUAGUUGGUGUAGUUGGUGUAGUUGGUGUAGUAGCUGUAGUUGGUGUAGUUGGUGUAGUAGCUGUAGUUGUUGUAGUUGUUGUAGUUGCUGUAGUUGUUGUAGUUGUUGUAGUUGUUGUAGUUGUAGUAGUUGUAGUUGUUGUAGUUGUUGUAGUUGUUGUAGUUGUUGUAGUAGUUGUAGUUGUUGUAGUUGUUGUAGUUGUUGUAGUUGUUGUAGUUGUUGUAGUUGUUGUAGUUGUUGUUGUUGUUGUAGUUGUUGUAGUUGUUGUUGUAGUUGUAGUUGUAGUUGUAGUUGUUGUAGUUGUUGUAGUUGCUGUUGUUGUUGUAGUUGCUGUAGUUGCUGUGUAGUUGGUGUAGUAGCUGUGUUAGUUGGUGUAGUUGCUGUAGUUGGUGUAGUAGCUGUAGUUGGUGUAGUUGGUGUAGUUGCUGUGGUUGGUGUAGUUGCUGUAGUUGCUGUAGUUGCUGUAGUUGCUGUAGUUUGUGUUAGUGUUGCUGUAGUUGGUGUAGUUGCUGUAGUUGGUGUAGUUGGCUGUAGUUGGUGUAGUUGGUGUAGUUGGUGUAGUAGCUGUAGUUCGUGUAGUUGGUGUAGUUGCUGUAGUUGGUGUAGUUGCUGUAGUUGGUGUAGUUGCUGUAGUUGGUGUAGUUGCUGUAGUUGGUGUAGUAGCUGUAGUUGGUGUAGUAGCUGUAGUUGGUGUAGUUGCUGUAGUUGGUGUAGUUGCUGUAGUUGCUGUAGUUGGUGUAGUUGGUGUAGUAGCUGUAGUUGGUGUAGUAGCUGUAGUUGGUGUAGUUGGUGUAGUUGGUGUAGUUGCUGUAGCUGUAGUUGGUGUAGUUGCUGUAGUUGGUGUAGUUGGUGUAGUUAGUGUAGUUGCUGUAGUUAGUGUAGUUGCUGUAGUUGGUGUAGUUGCUGUAGUAGCUGUAGUUGGUGUAGUUAGUGUAGUUGGUGUAGUUAGUGUAGUAGCUGUAGUUGCUGUAGUUCGUGUAGUUGCUGUAGUUGGUGUAGUUGCUGUAGUUGCUGUAGUUGCUGUAGUUGGUGUAGUUGCUGUAGUUGCUGUAGUUGGUGUAGUUGGUGUAGUAGCUGUAGUUGGUGUAGUAGCUGUAGUUGGUGUAGUUGCCGUAGUUGGUGUAGUUGGUGUAGUAGCUGUAGUUUGUGUAGUUGGUGUAGUAGCUGUAGUUGGUGUAGUUGCUGUAGUUGCUGUAGUUGCUGUAGAUGCCGUAGUUGGUGUAGUUGGUGUAGUUGGUGAAGUAGCUGUAGUUGGUGUAGUUGGUGUAGUUGGUGUAGUUGCUCUAGUUGCUGUAGUUGGUGUAGUUGCUGUAGUUGGUGUAGUAGCUGUAGUUGGUGUAGUUGGUGUAGUUGGUGUAGUUGGUGUAGUUGGUGUAGUAGUUGUAGUUGGUGUAGUUGCUGUAGUUGGUGUAGUUGCUGUAGUUGGUGUAGUUGCUGUAGUUGGUGUAGUAGCUGUAGUUGGUGUAGUUGGUGUAGUAGCUGUAGUUGGUGUAGUUAGUUGUAGUUGGUGUAGUUGCUGUAGCUGGUGUAGUUGGUGUAGUAGCUGUAGUUGGUGUAGUUGGUGUAGUUGGUGUAGUUGGUGUAGUUGGUGUAGUUGCUGUAGUUGGUGUAGUUGCUGUAGUUGGUGUAGUUGGUGUAGUUGGUGUAGUAGCUGUAGUUCGUGUAGUUGGUGUAGUUGCUGUAGUUGGUGUAGUUGGUGUAGUUGCUGUAGUUGCUGUAGUUGGUGUAGUUCCUGUAGUUGGUGUAGUAGCUGUAGUUGGUGUAGUAGCUGUAGUUGGUGUAGUUGCUGUAGUUGCUGUAGUUGGUGUAGUUGGUGUAGUAGCUGUAGUUGGUGUAGUAGCUGUAGUUGGUGUAGUUGCCGUAGUUGGUGUAGUUGGUGUAGUUGGUGUAGUAGCUGUAGUUGGUGUAGUUGCUUGUAGUUAGUUGGUGUAGUUGGUGUAGUUGCUGUAGUUGCUGUAGUUGGUGUAGUUGGUGUAGUUGCUGUAGUUGGUGUAGUUGGUGUAGUUGGUGUAGUUGGUGUAGUUGCUGUAGUUGGUGUAGUUGGUGUAGUUGGUGUAGUUGGUGUAGUUGGUGUAGUAGCUGUAGUUGGUGUAGUUGGUGUAGUUGCUGUAGUUGGUGUAGUUGGUGUAGUUGCUGUAGUUGGUGUAGUUGGUGUAGUUGGUGUAGUAGCUGUAGUUGGUGUAGUAGCUGUAGUUGGUGUAGUUGCUGUAGUUGCUGUAGUUGCUGUAGUUGCUGUAGUUGGUGUAGUUGGUGUAGUUGGUGUAGUAGCUGUAGUUGGUGUAGUUGCUGUAGUUGGUGUAGUUGGUGUAGUUGCUGUAGUUGCUGUAGUUGGUGUAGUAGCUGUAGUUGGUGUAGUUGGUGUAGUUGCUGUAGUUGGUGUAGUUGCUGUAGUUGGUGUAGUUGCUGUAGUUGGUGUAGUUGCUGUAGUUGGUGUAGUAGCUGUAGUUGGUGUAGUUGCUGUAGUUGCUGUAGUUGGUGUAGUAGCUGUAGUUGCUGUAGUUGGUGUAGUUGGUGUAGUAGCUGUAGUUGGUGUAGUUGGUGUAGUUGGUGUAGUUGGUGUAGUUGCUGUAGUAGCUGUAGUUGAGUUGUAGCUGUAGUUUAUUGUAGUUGGUGUAGUAGCUGUAGUUGGUGUAGUUGGUGUAGUUGGUGUAGUAGCUGUAGUUUGUGUAGUUGGUGUAGUUGCUGUGUAGUAGCUGUAGUUGGUGUAGUUGGUGUAGUUGCUGUAGUUGCUGUGGUUAGUGUAGUAGCUGUAGUUGUUGUAGUUGUAGUUGUUGUAGUUGUAGUUGUUGUAGUUGUUGUAGUUGCUGUGUAGUGUGGUAGCUGUGGUUUGGUGUAGUUGCUGUAGUUGCUGUAGUUGCUGUAGUUGGUGUAGUUGCUGUAGUUGCUGUAGUUGCUGUAGUUGGUGUAGUUGGUGUAGUUGGUGUAGUUGGUGUAGUAGCUGUAGUUGGUGUAGUUGCUGUAGUUGGUGUAGUUGCUGUAGUUGGUGUAGUUGCUGUAGUUGGUGUAGUUGCCGUAGUUAGUGUAGUUGGUGUAGUAGCUGUAGUUGGUGUAGUUGCUGUAGUUGGUGUAGUAGCUGUAGUUGGUGUAGUUGGUGUAGUUGCUGUAGUUGCUGUAGUUGGUGUAGUUGCUGUAGUUGGUGUAGUUGGUGUAGUAGGUGUAGUUGGUGUAGUUGGUGUAGUUGGUGUAGUUGGUGUAGUAGCUGUAGUUGGUGUAGUUGCCGUAGUUGGUGUAGUUGGUGUAGUUGCUGUAGUUGGUGUAGUUGCUGUAGUUGGUGUAGUUGGUGUAGUUGGUGUAGUUGGUGUAGUUGGUGUAGUUGCUGUAGUUGGUGUAGUAGCUGUAGUUGGUGUAGUUGCUGUAGUUGGUGUAGUUGCUGUAGUUGGUGUAGUAGCUGUAGUUGCUGUAGUUGGUGUAGUAGCUGUAGUUGGUGUAGUUGCUGUAGUUGCUGUAGUUGCUGUAGUUGCUGUAGUUGGUGUAGUUGCUGUAGUUGCUGUAGUUGGUGUAGUUGCUGUAGUUGGUGUAGUUGGUGUAGUUGGUGUAGUUGGUGUAGUUGGUGUAGUUGGUGUAGUUGGUGUAGUAGCUGUAGUUGGUGUAGUUGGUGUAGUUGGUGUAGUUGCUGUAGUUGGUGUAGUUGGUGUAGUUGGUGUAGUUGCUGUAGUUGGUGUAGUUGGUGUAGUUGCUGUAGUUGGUGUAGUUGGUGUAGUUGGU